AUGAAGAAGACGCUCUUGGUUAUUGACAAUGGCUCCUGGGAGUGCAGAGCAGGAAUUUCCAGCGAUUCCCCGACCGUGCGAUUCCGCAACCAAAUCCACAGAGUGAAGGGCAAAGACGGAAAAACAGCGUAUUCUUUGCUCCCGAACAAGAAGCCAGGCUGCACUUCCACGGUGAAAAGCAUGUUUGACGGCUCUGUGAUCUACAACUACGAAGUUUUUGAGGGGACGCUGAAGGAAAUUCUCCGGGAGACUCGGGGGAAAUCGAAGGAAAAAGUCACUGAUGUCGUGAUAACAGAGUGCUUCCUGAACCCGCAGAUGUUCCAGGAUAUGGCGAUACGCAGCAUAUUCAGCACAAUCCCCUGUGAGACCGUUCGAAUCGGCUAUGACUUCAUAUUCGCAUACGAGCACAAUAUGAAGCACAAUAAAGAGAUGGUUUUGGAGGCACUCCCAGAGAAGGGCUUCUGCGACGUGAUAAUAAGCAUGGGAUACUUGGGGGUGUACGUCGUCCCUGUGGAUCCCACGGAGAAGAAGAUCCUGUACGAAGAGAGCACUUUCCUGCAAAUAGGCGGUCUUGCAGCCCAGCACAUCUUCUACAGGAGCAUUUCGAAUAAGUACUGCGGGACAGGGAUAAAAGUCGUGCGGGAGGAGGUGGAGGAGUACUUCUCGGGGAUCCGCGUCUCGUGCGAUUACUCCGAGGAGGUGGAGAAAGUGGUGAAUGACGGCCUGGGGAACGUGAAAGUCUCUUCUCGCGCGCAGAAGCCAAAGGAGAAGAAAGUCCCCGACAAAAGAAGGAGUCACUUCAUGGAAAUUGCGAAGAGAAGGCAAAGUGUGACCCCGCAGGAAGCUACGGAGGAUCUCCCGGAAAGCACGCCCGGAGACCCAGAGAGUGCAGGCGAUCUUCCCCGAGAGGAGAAGGAGAAGGACGCGCAGGAGGAGGAAGAGGCACUUCUGAGGCGCCUGAAGAGGGAGAAACUUAUAAAGGGAGCAACUGAUCAUAGGAACAAGCAGAAGAUCAUGAAGGCUCUGGAGAGGCUGAGCAUGCACAUAUCCGCCCUGGAGAGUGAGCACCUUCUGAUCUGCAAUCCGGAGGAGUACAUGCGGGAGAGGAGGGAGAGACUGCAGGAGCUCGAGGCCCGGAUAAAGAGAAGGACUUUCGUGCGGAAUGAGCUGAAGAAUCGGAAAAGUCCGCACUCGCUCUCCCUCCUGAAGAAGUCCCUGGAACAGCCGGACAGUUCCUCAGAUAAUCCGCACCUGCAGGAGAUAAGGGAUGCAGCAGAAGAUGAUACGCCGAUUCUUGAGGAGAUAGAUGCGAUAGAGGGAUUCCUGCGGGGGAAUGACUCCUCGUACACGGAGAGGGAGGAGAAUCCGCUCGAUAAAAUACGGCACGGGUACGGAGAGAAGGGGGGAGUCAACAUAAACGUGGAAUUUAUUCGGACGCCGGAGAGCCUUUUCAGCCCGUCCAUCGUCGGAGUGGAACAGCCCGGACUGAGGGAGAGCCUUUUCGCCGUAUUCCAGCGGGGAAGUGUCCGGAACAUCUUCAUCACCGGGGGAUUCAGCCAAAUUGCAGGCCUGAAGGAGAGAAUUGAGAAGGAAGUGCUCUCCCUGCGGUACCUGCCAAAUAGUCCGAGGGUUAUCACUGCGAUGGACCCAGUGAAUGAUGCGUACGCAGGAGGAUUCCUGGAGUCAGAGUUCUUCCCCAAGCACACCAGAGGAGGAGCAGAAUAA